UUCAUCCUGCUAUUGCAUAUGCAAGGAUCGUCACAAAGGGACUUAUCCCUCCCGGGACCCAAUAUGCAAUCUUCCACGUCCGCUCAGCGGAAACCUUCUUGGCAGUCACAGCGACGAUCAUCAGUGCGUUCAGCGCAUCCAGAUAGAUCUGGUCAUGCUACAGCACACCAAUCUGACGAUUCUGUGGGUCAACAAGAUGGCGCCCGAGAAAACUCGCAGCGCCAUGCGUCUGCUACAGCGAAAUGGUGGCACGUCCAUUUGUUCCGUGGAAUGAUCAACGACGUUAAACGCAGAGCGCCAUAUUAUUGGAGUGAUUGGACUGAUGCAUGGGAUUAUCGUGUCGUGCCUGCUACAGUAUAUAUGUAUUUUGCUAAUAUCUUGCCUGCUCUAGCCUUUUCGUUAGAUAUGUUCGAGAAGACAAGUCAGAGCUAUGGUGUCAAUGAGGUUCUACUCGCGUCUGUUCUUGGUGCAUUUGUGUUUUCACUUUUCGCGGCUCAGCCGUUGGUCAUUGUCGGUGUUACUGGUCCUAUAACUGUGUUCAACUAUACUGUCUAUGAUAUCAUGGCUCCUCGAGGGACGCCAUAUCUUGCAUUUAUGUGUUGGAUUGGAAUCUGGUCUUUGAUCAUGCAUUGGAUACUGGCCAUCACUAAUGCCUGCAACGCCCUGACAUACGUCACUAGGUUCUCAUGUGACAUCUUUGGAUUUUACGUUGCUUGCGUCUAUAUCCAGAAAGGCAUUCAAGUCCUCACCAGACAAUGGGGCUCCGUGGGGGAGACCUCUGCUUACCUGAGUAUCAUGGUUGCACUACUUGUCCUGAUGUGUGCAUGGAUCUGCGGAGAGCUGGGCAACAGUAAUCUUUUCAAGCGAUUCGUUCGGAAAUUCCUUGAGGACUACGGUACACCUUUGACCAUCAUCUUCUUUACCGGCUUCGUUUACAUCGGCCAGAUGAGGGACGUUGAUGUAGCUACUCUCCCUACUAGCAAGGCUUUCUUUCCUACAAGUGACCGGUCUUGGCUUGUGCAUUUCUGGGACAUCAGUGUUGGGGAUAUCUUCCUUGCCAUCCCAUUUGCGCUGCUUCUCACAAUUCUCUUUUACUUUGAUCACAACGUCUCAUCUCUUAUUGCCCAAGGCACCGAAUUUCCUCUCCGAAAACCAGCUGGCUUCCACUGGGACAUUUGGCUCCUCGGCCUCACGACCUUUAUAGCUGGACUUUUGGGAAUACCAUUCCCCAAUGGCCUGAUCCCUCAGGCCCCUUUCCACACUGCCGCCCUUUGCGUUACUCGUCAAGUUGCAGACGAGGAUGACACAAACAAAGGCAAAGCUAUCCGAAUAACAGACCACGUGGUAGAACAGCGAUUUAGCAACUUUGCACAGGGACUUUUGACCCUGGGAACAAUGAGUGGACCUCUCCUCAUUGUGCUCCAUUUGAUUCCGCAGGGUGUCAUGGCUGGUCUGUUCUUUAUCAUGGGUGUCCAGGCUCUGCAGGGCAAUGGCAUUACGCAAAAAUUGAUCUUCCUCGCUGAAGACAAAAAGUUUACCUCCGCGUCAAACCCUCUCAAGCGAAUCGAGCGCCGUUCUGCCGUCUGGGCCUUUGUCGCUCUUGAAUUGUUUGGCUUUGGUGCGACUUUCGCUAUCACUCAGACCAUCGCUGCCAUCGGAUUCCCUGUUAUUAUUCUCCUUCUGAUACCGGUGCGCUCAUUCCUACUCCCCAAAUGGUUUACCAGCGAGGAGCUUGCAGCACUCGAUGGACCGACAGCCAGUCCAUUCACCAUGGAGAGUGUCAGUGGCACCUACGGGCUGCAGAACUACGAUGAAGCGGUGGCUAGCGGCGCCCUGGAGGACUAUUCUAGUGGAGGUGAUGGAGUCUUGAUAAAUAGAACUUCGGCUUCUCCAGAAUCUGCAGUCGAAGAUGAUCUAGAACGAGGUGAGGCGUAUGAGCUCGCCUCCCGGGUCUCGCGCAGAAGGAGCACCGCCAGCAGGGCAGACUAA